AUGAGUAGAAUUAAAGACCAACGGUCCAACAGUAGCCGGUUGGAACUGGUUCUUGAUGACGUGCAGUGUACAGAUUCAGGUCGAUAUUUCUGUUGGGGAAGCAACGGGUUCGAGACCAACCCCCACGAAAUUUGGAAAUAUGUUGAUAUUUUGAUGGAAUGUGCCCCUGCUGUGGUCAACAAAUCUCUGACCAUCCAGAUACCAGAGAGCGGCAACACGACCAUCACACUGGAGAUAUUGGGCUAUCCUGAACCCACGGCCUACGGUCUACAGAUACAGUUGGGCCAGUCCAUGUCCAACACUGACGACUAUAACGUCGUCUAUACUAAGCUGACACCCCCGUUUGGUUUAGUGACCUUGACCAUUUAUGACGAAAACACACAGAUAUCUUUGACGUAUAUAUUCACUAUUAUGAACAGUGCUGGAAAUAUCACAUUCACAUUUGAUGUCGUUAAACAAGAUAUGAGCGAAAAGGUGAAUGAAGAUGUCACACAACUACACGUCAUGGUCUGUGUUGGUGUCGCCUGUGGUCUGCUGAUUUUACUGGUUAUUUCUGUCAUCGUCGGAAGAGUUGUUGUCAAUAAGUGGUUGUGUCUCAGAGCUAAACACCAGGUCUAUGGUUUCAGUGGAUCGAUUCUCCAUAUGGCGAACUUCAAAAACAACCUAUCUAGUCCAGAUAAAGCAAACACUGACACAAAUACUCAACCACCUCCACAUACAGUUGAGACUGACGACAGCUGCCACCGGAAAGUUCAAAUGGAAGACAGCUCUGGCGCUCUUGUACUUUACUUUGAACCUCCACCAGAUUAUCCAUUGGAUUAA